CGGUGCGGGGCGGAAGUCGGCGAGAGGAGCCGGAGCCGGAGCCUGAAGCUGAAGAGUGGGAGCCAAAGAUCUUUGGUGGGAGCGACGCAAGCCAUGGAGGAGGUUCAGCGGCGGCAUCCGCGCCGAUCUCUGAAGAAACUUAGUGAGGACAGUUUGACGAAACAGCCGGAAGAAGUCUUUGACGUGUUAGAGAAACUUGGCGAAGGGUCCUAUGGCAGUGUGUUCAAAGCUAUUCAUAAAGAAUCCGGCCAAGUGGUGGCUAUCAAACAGGUCCCAGUGGAAUCUGACCUGCAGGAGAUUAUCAAAGAAAUCUCGAUUAUGCAGCAAUGCGACAGUCCUCAUGUGGUUAAGUACUAUGGAAGCUAUUUUAAGAAUACAGACCUGUGGAUAGUCAUGGAAUACUGUGGCGCUGGCUCGGUGUCAGACCUUAUUCGAAUAAGGAAUAAAACGCUUACAGAGGACGAGAUUGCCACAAUCUUCCAAUCCACGCUAAAAGGACUGGAAUAUCUGCACUUCAUGAGAAAAAUCCACAGGGAUAUUAAAGCUGGAAACAUCUUGCUUAACAAUGAAGGGCAUGCAAAACUGGCAGACUUUGGAGUUGCGGGUCAGCUUACUGAUACAAUGGCCAAGAGAAACACGGUGAUUGGAACGCCAUUCUGGAUGGCUCCUGAAGUGAUCCAAGAAAUCGGUUACAAUUGCGUGGCAGAUAUCUGGUCCUUGGGGAUUUCGGCGAUCGAGAUGGCAGAAGGAAAGCCACCUUAUGCAGACAUUCAUCCCAUGAGGGCUAUUUUCAUGAUUCCCACGAAUCCGCCACCAACAUUCCGGAAACCAGAACUCUGGUCGGAUGAAUUUACAGAUUUUGUAAAGCAAUGUUUAGUUAAAAACCCAGAGCAUAGAGCUGCUGCAACACAGCUUCUACAGCAUCCCUUCAUUAAAAGUGCCAAACCUGUGUCGAUCUUGCGGGACCUGAUCAACGAUAUGAUGGAAAUAAAACUAAAGCGGCAAGAGGAACAACAACGAGACUUGGAUCAGGAUGACGAGGAGAACUCGAAACCCGUUUAUAGAAAAUUUGUCUUACUGAAUAGGAAUAGACAUAAGAUGGAGGAGGAAGAUGACAAUGACUCUGGCACCAUGGUAAGAGCGAGUGCAGAUGACACGGGGACCAUGAGAGCAGCCAGCACGAUGAGUGAGGGCGCGCGGACGAUGAUCGAGCACGACAGCGCUACGCUGAACUCGCAGAUGGGGACCAUGGUGAUCAACAGCGGGGAUGAUGAGGCGGACGGAACAAUGAAAAAGAAAGAAGAUACGUUACAGCAAAGCAAGCCCUCCUUCCUGGAGUACUUUGAGCAGAAGGAAAAAGAGAAUCAGGCGAAUAGCCACAGUAAUCGGAAUGCGCAAGCACUUCAGGGCUCCUCCGAUAUGUGGAAGGUGCCUCAGGACGGCGACUUUGAAUCUUUAAAGAGUUGGAGCGUUGAAGAACUACAGCGGAGGCUUGCCUCGCUGGACCCCACGAUGGAGCAGGAGAUCGAAGAGAUUCGCCAGCGCUACCAGGCCAAGAGGCAGCCCAUCCUCGACGCCAUCGAUGCCAAGAAACGGCGGCAGCAGAACUUCUGAGACUCUGCCGGGAGUCCUCACCGUUAGGGUGGUGCGCUGAGCUCAGAGUUACACUCACUCGGGGCUCUGCGGAGAAACAUUGUUUCCAAAGCACAUGUACACACAUGCGUACUCACAUACAUGCACACACAUACCACUGACUCUCACGCACAUACUACGGAUUCACCACAACUUUCACUUUAAUGGCACACACACAUUCUUAUGCGGAGUAACAUCAUGUUCCAAUGCAUACAGAGACACAAAACUCAUUUCCACACACACAUCUGCACACCUACAAACAAAGGCAGGACACACAUACUCAAACAAACACCGACUCUCGUACAAACACGCAUACAACAAAAUAAAUGCUUUCUUGUCGUGGACUAAUAGGCAAGUUGCCCCUCUAUCUCAGGAGUCUUGCUUUUGGUUAUGUGGCUGAUACAAGCCACCACCAGGAUGAACAUUGUUUUUAUUUUAUUUUUAAAAAAACUAUUUUUCUAAAAUAUGUUUUUCCAGAAGCCAUCAUCACUGAGAGAAAACCUUAAGCUAUAUAUUUUAAACAGAUUAGAGGAGGCUCCCAGAUUAACACUUUGCAAUAAAACUACUGUAUAUCCGA